UACAUAUUUCAUAACGUAUCGGUCUUCGUAAUUACGCAAGAGAAAGUGAAUUACUUUACGCAUUACUUUCACUUCCUCCAAGAACAAGUUUAGGUGAAAGUAUAGUUUAAAAGAAGAAAACGAUUGGGCACAUACUGAUCAAAUUCAAUUCAGUCAAGUCGCACUUCACAACUGGACUACAACGUUGUUUGCUUGCUUUAUAGAAAAAAAAUUUAACGUUUAUUUCAUAUUAUAGUAUACAUAUUUUCAAAGAUGUAUAUAAAGUACGAAAAUCUUGAGGAUAAAAUCGCUAAGAGACUGGACGAUUUGUUCGGCGUUAAAGACUGUCUGAUCGAAGUCAACCCAGGAAAAUGUAUACUUCCGCCCAAGUACAAGGAUUUGGGCCAGAGAAUUAAAAACAUGGAGGUCAGACCUGAUGACGUAUGGCUUGUGUCGUAUCCAAGAACAGGAAGUACUUGGGCUCAAGAAAUGGUUUGGUGUAUUUGCAAUGACUUGGAUUUCGUAAAAGCCAAGAGCAUGAUUGGACAACUAAGGACACCGUUAUUAGAGUUGACAGCCCUUAUGGGCAACGACACGAGCAAAUUGAAAGACGAACUGGGCAACUCGGUGGAACAGGUGGAGAACAUGGCGUCACCCAGGUUCAUAAAAACACAUUUGCCAGUCCCGUUGUUGCCCGAACAGUUGGACAGCGUGAAACCAAAAAUCGUCUAUGUGACACGCAACCCAAAGGACAUGUGCGUGUCUUAUUACCACUAUUGCAAACUAAUACACGGCUUACACGGGUCGUUCGAAGAGUUUUGCGAUCUCUUCAUACAGGGCAAGACACCGAUCGGUCCCAUUUGGGAUCACAUACUGGGCUUCUGGGAGCAAAAAGACGAGCCCAACGUGUUGUUCAUCAAGUACGAGGACAUGAAAAAGGACCUGAAAGGAGCUAUCAGGCAGGUAUCAGAUUUUCUUGACAAACACUUGACCGAUGAACAGGUUAGCGCUCUCGAAGAUCAUUUGAGCUUCAACAGCAUGAAGAAGAACCCUGCUUUAAAUUUAGAACCAAUUCUUGCUAUGAUGGAAAAACAACCAUCGAAAGAGACGAAUCCCGACGAAACAUUUAUUAGGAAAGGAAAAGUUGGGGACUGGAAAAACUACAUGUCGGAAGAGCUAUCGGCAAAAUUCGACAAAUUCACAGAGGAAAAUUUGCAAGGAACUAACUUAGCUUUUGAGACAAAUUGAUAUAUUAGACACUAUUUAUAUAUAUAAAAAAUAUUUUUGUAUCACUCUUAGUUUAUAAGCAUCCAGACAAUAAGAACUACGUAUAAUAAUAAACAUGUAUAAAACGUUAAAUGUACAAAUUAUAUUAAUAAAUAACAUUUUAAAGUUUAAA